AUGCUCUUAACAUUCUUGUUAGCUCUUUAGCAAGUCUUCGCAGAUUGCAUUCAAAAUUCAUACUUAACUUAUCCAAAUUAAGAAGAAUGGGUUUAUGCAGUCAAGAGAAUCUCAGUUAAAUUAGAAGGCGAAUAUGUAAUCGGAUUUGGAGAUGAUUAUGAAGUCAAAGAUAAGUCCAAAAUCUAAAUUAAAUAAGUACCUGGAGGUUUAACAUUUGGACCAUCCAAUUUUGAAAUAUAUUGUCCAGCUAUUCAUUAGUUAUCUAAUAAUUAGUAAAUAAAAUGUGAAAUUCAACUAAAUAUGAAAGAAAUAAAUGCUACAUCUACUCCUUCAAAAGCAGUGUUUGCAAUUUCAGUAGAAUUAGAUAAUGAAUUAAAAGAAAACCCAGUCUUUUAAAUCCAAAACAAUUUUUAAAUGCGAUUGAUGGAUUUAGCAAAAUAAUUGGAAAAUAUGGCCUAUUAUCUUGAAUAUGAGAAUUGCGAUCAAAUUGUUUAUUUACUGCCAGAUCCACUCCCAAUUUCAUCUGAAUAAAUAAGUUUACUUUAAAAAUACUCAAAAUCUUUACCUGAAGGCAGUCCCACAUAAGCAGUAAGCGGAUCAAUCAAAGGUUAAUUGUUUGUAGAGAACUUCUCGAUUGAUUCAAGUUCUAAUACUCACCUUUAUGGUCUAGUUGCCAUAAUAAUUGGUGUCAUUAUCUUGGCAGCAAUCAGAGCUUUUAACAAAAAGCGAGAAUAAUAAAAUUUGAAUGACUCUUCUAAAAAACCAUUAAAUGAAUAAGAACUAUAAAAAUUAACUUGA